AGUUUUUUCGCCGGUAGUCAGAACGAAAACUGGAGAGACCUAUUGACACAUAAGGACCACACACUCAAAGAUCGUAACGCUUGGGAAAUCAUCAUGGGCAGUGAGUAUCCCCCAGAAUAAAGUAGCUAGCUAAAGUAAAGGACGAUUUCACAUAAUCAGGGAACUUUUGAUUAAUGAGAUGCAAGCGAUGUAAUUUUUAAAUGAUUGGAUCUCUGAAGGCCAUUUUCAUUGAAGCUACAGCUAACUAGCUAACUUUUAGCUAGCUGGACGACAAGUGCUCUUUGUUUCAAGCAUAUGUUUAACUCCUGUCUUUAACAGCAAUGUCGGCAAUAAAAUGGCUAGUUUUGUCAGUUGUCAAGAAUAUGACGUUUAAAGGUGCGAGCUAGCUAGCUAGCUAGCUAGCUAGCGCGUUAGCUGUCAGUGUAACUUGCUAGCUAGCUAGCAAGCUUGCUAACGUUAGCUGUACAGAUGUGUUAACUACUUUUUAUUAUGUACAGUCAGCUAACGUUACAUAUAUAACUAUAUCAUAUCAACCAGUGUUACAUGGUAAUUGAUAUCUCGGAGCUUGAUAACUUUACAAGUUAGCUAGAAUGCAGUACUUAUCUAGCUAAUAUAGCUAGCUAUAUAUUGGAUGCAUACAGGCACAUCCAGACUAGUGAUGACGACGCAUAGCUAACAGCCAGUGUUUGACACACAGGUUUAAAUAUCUCGUAUCAUAAGCAGUAAAUGUUUACUGAAACACAUUUGCUAGUAUGAAAAUGUUUUAAAUUGGAUUAACAAUUGUGUAUAGUAAGAUCUGUUUUCAUAGUGAAUUCGCUUAGUUUAUAGCCAAAGAUCCAAUCCGCUAUGAAUGUACCGUUAUGCCACGUCCACCUAUAAAUAGUUAUGUCAUUCACUGGCCUUGAUUGAUGUUUAUUAUGGCGAGUCUAUUGAAUAACAUCCCUCCUUUUGCCUGUUUUUCAGUCAAAUUCCUGGAGGUAAUAAAGCCAUUCUGCGCCGUCUUACCUGAAAUCCAGAAACCUGAAAGAAAGGUACAGUAUUUACUUUAUGAAGACAAGUAUGUUUUACUUUCAACUUUAUAAACCUCUGUUCCUGCUUCCAUGUCUCACUGUAAUUGCUGUGUUCAACAGAUCCAGUUCAGAGAGAAGGUACUAUGGACAGCCAUCACUCUCUUCAUUUUCCUCGUGUGCUGCCAGGUAAAUAUCAGCCAUUUUGUUCACACAACACUCUCUUUUCUAGCAUUUGAAACUGGUAUAAUAAAUACUUUCACACCUGAAUGUCUGUCACCUCUAUCUUCCAGAUUCCCCUGUUUGGCAUCAUGUCCUCAGACUCUGCAGAUCCCUUCUACUGGAUGAGAGUCAUUCUGGCCUCCAACAGAGGUGGGUUGUCACUUUUGCAAUGUAGAGACAAGUGAAUAAAUGAAUGGCUCUGUGAACUCAUAAAUCAAUCAAGGGACAUGGCAAUGAAUGAGUCAAUUAGUAACUGAGUGUGUGAAUUGAUAAAGUGUUGAGUGAAUGCUGAGUUAAUCAAUAGGAGUGAUAACUUUAUCUCUGACUUAAAUGGGUGAUUGGUAUUAUUUCCGAUUGAAUGGCUGAACAUCUGUAUACCUCUGCUCUCCUGUUAACAUCCCCUGGGUCUCUCCUGUCCAUCCAGGUACCCUGAUGGAGCUGGGUAUCUCUCCCAUAGUCACCUCUGGCCUAAUCAUGCAGCUCCUGGCCGGGGCUAAGAUCAUUGAGGUGGGAGACACCCCCAAAGACAGGGCCCUCUUCAACGGAGCACAGAAAUGUAAGACCACAAGCCCCACUUCUUGAUCUUAGUUUGACUUAAUUUUGUCAAGUUUAAGCAUUAGUGUGAAUGAGGCCAUAUAAUUUCUAACCCCUUGCUAUCUCCUACAGUGUUUGGUAUGAUCAUCACCAUUGGUCAGGCCAUUGUGUAUGUGAUGACUGGAAUGUACGGAGAUCCCUCCGAUAUGGGCGCUGGGAUCUGUCUGCUCAUCAUCAUCCAGGUGAGCCCCCCCCCCUCUCCAAAACACUCCUUUCUUGCUACCUUUUCAGAGGUUAUAUAUAUGAAUCUGUAAGUGAUUGGAUAAUUUAAAGCGAGGUUCACAUCCAAAUUUUUUACCAAUCCAUUCCUCUCCGAUUUACUUCAAUGAAUGUAUGAAUAAAGGUUAUUUUUAAAGGAAGUCAAACAGGGCUCCAGUGUGAGUGGUUUGUCUCUGUGUCUCUAACCCACCUGUUUUCCCCCUCCAGCUGUUUGUGGCAGGUCUGAUCGUGCUGCUGCUGGAUGAGCUGCUGCAGAAGGGUUAUGGUCUGGGCUCUGGUAUCUCCCUGUUCAUCGCCACCAACAUCUGUGAGACCAUUGUCUGGAAGGCCUUCAGCCCCACGACUGUCAACACUGGCAGAGGUAAGACACCAGUCCAGAUGGCUGUGGGAGAAGGACAUUAGGACUCACAGGGGCUAAACUGGGGCACUGAAACUGAUGUGCCCUGUCUGGCUGUACAUUUAGGACAGACUUACUAAUUUCCACUAUCAGAGAUAAACAUACCUGGUUAUAUGCAAGUGGUAAUCCUAUAGAUGGCUCCUAUAGAUCGUGUUGGCCUUGAAAACCCCAGGGGUCAAGGUUAGGUCAGGUGGUCUCUAGAUGUGAGGCUGAUGUUUGAGUCUCUUGUGUUUAGGCACAGAGUUUGAAGGAGCCAUCAUUGCCCUCUUCCAUCUGCUGGCCACACGGACAGACAAGGUGCGCGCCCUGAGAGAGGCCUUCUACCGCCAGAACCUGCCCAAUCUUUUGAACCUCCUCGCUACCGUCUUCGUCUUUGGUGUAGUCAUAUACUUCCAGGUUAGUUACUGUCUUUCUUCUUUAAAACCUGUUAAAGGAGUUGAACACAUUUUGUUAUUGUCAGAGAAUUGGUCCCCCGAAAAACAACACAAUGCAGUAAUUUCUUUCUUUACCUUUUUAGUAAUGACCAAUUAGACUUUAUAUAUUUAUAAUAUGGGUAUGUUCUACCCUCUCUCACGUCUGUCUCUUCCUCCCGUCUCUCUAUAGGGCUUCAGGGUGGACCUGCCCAUCAAGUCUGCCCGUUACCGUGGCCAGUACAACACUUAUCCCAUCAAGCUCUUCUACACCUCCAACAUUCCCAUCAUCCUCCAGUCUGCCCUCGUGUCCAACCUGUACGUCAUCUCUCAGAUGCUCUCCACUCGCUUCAGUGGCAACUUCCUGGUUAACCUGCUGGGUACCUGGUCUGUAAGUACACACCAUUUUAAACAAUUUCCCUGAACUACCAUGUCUGAACUCUAAACUCAAGUUAACUACAUUUGGCAGGUUUGUCACAUUAACAUCAGCACAGUACCCUGCCCUGAACUUAAGUCACUGUUACUAGCCGGCUACCACCCAGUAUUCAACCCUGCACCUUAGACUGCUGCCCUAUCUACAUAGUCAUUGACCACUGGUCACUUUAAUAAUGUUUAAAUACUGUUUUACCCACUUCAUAUGUAUAUAAUGUAUUCUAGUCAAGGCUCAUCCUAUAUAACUACUGCUUUACACAACUUUUUAUAUUGAUAUACUGUCCAUAAUGUCUAUACACACCAUCAUAUACAUACAGUAUAUAUUUAUAUUCCGGACUCUGACAUUACUCUGACAUUAUUUUUGGGAUUUGCGUGUAUUGUUAGGUAUUACUGCAUUGUUGGAGCUAGGAACAUACACCCGUGAUAACAUCUGCAAAAUAUGUCUACACGACCAAUCAAAUUUGAUUCGAUUUGAACAUAUCCAGCAACACAUAAUGUAUGAGCUGACCAGACUUGUGUGUUUUGUAGGACACAUCGUCAGGCGGUCCAGCUCGUGCCUACCCAGUGGGUGGGCUCUGUUACUACUUCUCUCCCCCGGAGUCGUUUGGUUCGGUCCUAGAUGACCCCAUCCACGCUGCCAUCUACAUCUGCUUCAUGCUGGGCUCCUGUGCAUUUUUCUCCAAGACCUGGAUCGAGGUGUCUGGCUCCUCUGCCAAAGAUGUAAGUCCUUCUACCACAUGUGCUGUACAUUUGUUAAACUAUGUAAUUAUACAUUUAUAAUUUUGAUGUAGAAAUCUCCUUAACUAAACAUUUCUAUGGCUUUUGAGAGUAGCAGGUUUCAGAGGAACUGUAUAUGUGUAAUGUAAACCAUGAGUGUGUGUUUGCUCUCCCAGGUGGCUAAGCAGCUAAAGGAGCAGCAGAUGGUGAUGAGGGGACACAGAGAGACCUCCAUGGUUCAUGAACUCAACAGGUAAACAAUCUUAGCCAUCACUCUAACCUUUAGCCAUAACAAUCCUUGUCAUCGUAGCUUUAACAGGGUUUGAUGACACUUUUCCAAAUAAACUUUAUUCAGGUAAUGAUUGUUGCACUACUACUUGAGUUUGCCUUCUGUAUCAAGCUGAAAUCUUGCCUCUGUGUGUUCCAGGUACAUCCCCACAGCGGCGGCCUUUGGUGGUCUCUGUAUCGGUGGCCUUUCUGUCAUGGCGGACUUCCUGGGUGCUAUCGGCUCGGGCACAGGUAUCCUGCUGGCCGUCACCAUCAUCUACCAGUACUUUGAGAUCUUUGUCAAGGAGCAGAGUGAAGUGGGCAGCAUGGGAGCCCUGCUCUUCUAGACAGACACCUGGCUACAAUACCUGCUAUGUAACCACCCUCUUAAUGCACAUGGACAUGCCCCAGAUCAGACCAAGUCCUACCAACCUCUUAUUAUUCACAUUAUUUUAUGUCCAUUUAGAUUUUUUAAAUCUGCACAAUGAAUCUGUUCUCUCCUGUGUCAUUUUCCGGAUGCUUUCUGGCAUCUCCCCCUGACAUGGCCUACAGGAGGUUCAGC